AUGCAUCACAGUUGCAGUGAAUGUGGGAAAGCCUUCACCGGAAACACUCACUCGUUCAGCACCAGAGAGGUCACACUGGAGAACGGCCUUAUGGAUGUGGCUGUCUUUAGCUGUGUUGCUGACUUUGUUGAGCACGAGAAAAUACACACGGGGGAAAGGCCUUAUGAGUGCAAAGAAUGUGGGAAAGCCUUCAUUAACAGCUCUCAUCUUGUUCGGCACCAGAAAGUUCACAACACAGAAGCGCCUUUUGAGUGCAGUGAAUGUGGAAACGCUUUCCGGCAAACCUCCAAACUUAUUCUGCACCAAAGGAGUCAUACUGGAGAAAGACCUUAUAAAUGCAACCAAUGUGGGAAAGCCUUCAGUUGCCCCUCCAACCUUGUUCCACACCAGCGAAUUCACACUGGAGAAAAGCCUUAUGAGUGUUCGGGAUGUGGGAAAGCCUUCAGUCAAAGCUCUGCCUUCAUUCAGCACGAGAAGGUUCACACUAGAGAGAGGCCUUAUAAGUGUAGUGAAUGUGGAAAAGCCUUCAGCUAUAGCUCUAACCUUGUUAAACACCAGAAAGUUCACACUGGAAAAAGGCCUUAUGAGUGCAGUCAGUGUGGGAAAGCUUUCAGUGAAAGCUCCAUCCUCAGUCAGCACCAGAGAGUUCACACUGGAGACAAAGCCUUACGAGUGUAACAAAUGCGGAAAAAGCUUUCCGCUACAGCUCAAACCUCUCUAAACACCAGAAGGGUCAUAUUGGAAAAGAGCCUUUGGAGUGCAGUGGACAUAGGAAAGCCUUCAGCCAGAGCGCUAGCCUCACUCAGUACCAGAAAGGUCACACCAAAGAAAACACUUAGGAGUGUGGCAAAUGUGGAAAACCACUAACUAGCUGGGGCUUUCACCUUGCUCACCUUAAAAGGAUUCACUCCUAAGAAAACUUCUGUGAAAGGAACCUUUGUAAAGAAGCCAUAAGCCAAAAGUCGAAACUUGAAUAUCCUAAUACCCCUACCAGGAGAUUGCCAGAUACAUGGAAGCUUUCAGGAGCUUCACCACACUUUCUGACCUGUCCAGGCGCUUUGCCAGAUUACGUCACUGCCAGAUGCCAUCUCACUUCUGCCAGCCAGCAGAUCUUCCCACAGCGUGUAACUAUCAUGUCAACAUACUCAGGGAAGGCUGAUCUUGUGCUCUCUCAUUCCCUGGAGGGAGACAUGAGUGAUGGAAGCUCUUUGGGGGUGGCCUCAUUUUCCAUCUUUGCCCUGUCUCUAGUAGUUCAGGCACAGUCCUGACCUUGUUCUCCCCAGGAGGAUCUGACCCGGAGUGUGAGGACUUGCAGAAGAAGUUUCCCUUUUAUCGUGGCCAUCGUUGAGUCUACAGAUGGUGCCUGCAGUGGAAUUGUCCAGUAUCCAAAUCAACCAACCCUGGAACUGCCUGCCUCCAGAGUGUGUGGUAAUAAAGGCCUUACUAUUGAAGCCAUCUUUAA